AUGUAUUUGAACACCUUGUUAAUAGGAGAGAAUAUUUACUGGAACGCAGAACCUCAACCAAGUCACUCUUGGAUUUGGAAAGCUCUGAUCUCCCUCCGCCCUCUAGCUCGUCACUUGAUUGGCUGCAACGUUGGGAAUGGGAGAAACGCUAGCUACUGGUUUGAUGAUUGGUUACCCUCUGGACCUCUUAUUGAUCUUGUUGGUGAGGCUGGCCCCUGUCGGCUUGGAAUUCCUAUCACAGCCACGGUAAGCGAAGGUGUUAGACGCGGGGCUUGGAUCACCCCAUCGCCUCGUUGUAGAACACCAUCCCUUGCUUCCCUGAGAGCAACUUUGCUGGAGAUCGAUCCACCUACCAAUGAAGAUAGUGCAGACUCUUAUUGUUGGGGACCAUCUGGUCACAGAGCCCCUGUCUUCUCUAUCACCAAAACAUGGGAAUCUAUCAGAUUCUCAGCGCCUCAGGAAACGAGGGACCACGUUUUCUUGCGAUGUAGUGUUGCUACACAGCUCUGGGACAUCGUUCUGACUCGCCUUGGACAACAGGCCCUCUGUCUUGACACCUGGCCUUCUCUUAUAACCUGGAUGCUCACGGCUACUCCAGGCCUCUCAGCAACAUUAAAGAAACUCACUGCUCAGCUGGUUGUCUUCCACCUGUGGAGAGAAAGGAACAACAGACUACACCAAGGCCCCCAUGAUUCGACCUCUACCCUGUUUAGUAAGGUCGACAGGGCCAUCAGAGACACCCUCCUGGCUCGCUUACCCCAUAAGCGUUGCCAAGGAUUGCUGUCUCAAUGGUUUAGGUUCACCUAG